UUUAACUGGGCAUACCCAUCAAUCACGUUGUUUGCUGCAGCGGUUAUUUGGUAUAUGAAAUUAUUUCUUGGUGCAUUGACGUUUUAUUUAACAACACGUCAACUAGCAGCACCAAUAUUGUUUCGAAGUUAUCAGACAACAACACGUGCCCAACGAUAUAGCAGCAGCAGCAGCAGCAGCAUGUCAGCCAGAGGAAACUACAGCACCGAAGAAUUUGGCGCCCUUUACGGCUUGGAUUAUCGUGUAUAUUUCAAAGAUCACAAAAAAGGUUGCUACAUCUCCCCAUGGCAUGAUAUCCCGCUAUUUGCUGAUAAAUCUCAGCAUUUCUACAAUAUGAUUGUUGAAAUACCACGUUGGACGAAUGCUAAAAUGGAAAUGGCAACCAAAGAACCAAUGUCCCCAAUCAAGCAGGACGUGAAAAAAGGCUUACCACGCUUCGUGGACAAUAUUUUCCCGUUCAAAGGAUAUAUUUGGAACUAUGGAGCAUUGCCACAAACAUGGGAAGAUCCGGGGCAUACCGACCCAGCAACACGAGCCAAAGGUGACAACGAUCCAAUUGAUGUGUUCGAAAUUGGUUCCAAAAUCCAGCCACGUGGUGCAGUGAUCGAGGUCAAAAUUCUGGGUGUGCUGGCACUAAUCGAUGAGGGCGAAACCGAUUGGAAAGUGGUUGCUAUCGAUCGGACCGAUGAGAAAGCGGAUCAGCUCAAUGGAAUAAAAGAUGUGGAGGAGCAUUUUCCGGGUUUACUGAAAGCAACAUAUGAAUGGUUUCGUAAUUAUAAGAUUCCUACUGGCAAACCACCCAAUCAAUUUGCCUUCAAUGGUCAAUUCAAGGAUGCUGAUUUUGCACGUGGCAUCAUUCGUGAAACACAUGGUUUCUGGAAAAGUCUUAUCAAGGAAAAAACACCACAGUUGAAUACCGAAACAACAUGCGGCGAAGAAGAGGCGGCUCAUCGCGCAGAUGAAGGAUCGUGGAAGAAAAUUAUUGCUGAACAACCAGCACACUCCUCGGCUAAGGAAAUCCCAAGAACUCUUGAAAAAUGGCAUUUUAUUACUGAAUAA